CCACCAUCACAACCGCCAUUGUCACCAUCAGCGGCAGCAGCCAAAACAACAAAAGCCGCACAAGACAUUCGCGUGGCGGACCAAGGGGACCGCCGGCGAAACUACGCGUCUUCACAGAGUUCCGAUGGACGAUCAAGCACCGAGCGCGGCGGAAGGCCGACCCGGUCCCACGCCCCCUUCAAUGCAGGCCGCCAGCUCCAGCGGCUCCAUAUCAGGAGCUAGUCAACCUCUGCACAGACCUCACGCCUUUGACAAGAUGGAAGAGUUAGUACGGGAAAUGCUGGAUCCCGAAAAUGGUGUCCGUGUGCGCACUCAAAAAAUGUUCCUCACAUUUAUACCAUUCGCUUUUAUAGGUUAUGAUUUAAUUGAAUGGCUAAUGGAUCGACUUGUUAUUGAGGAAUCAGAAGCAUUAAAUAUUGCAAAUCAGUUGUGCCAGCACGGAUAUUUUUUUCCUGUCAGCGACUCUAAGAAUCUUGUGGUUAAAGACGAUAGCUCUUAUUAUCGAUUUCAGGUACCUUACUAUUGGCCAUGGCAAAAUCGACCUCCUGACAAUGUUGAAUAUGCGAUCUAUCUUUUGAAAAGAUCGAUGAGGAAUCGACAGAGGCAUGGCCUGGAGGAGUACGAAGCAGAAGCCCUUGCUUCCCUCAAAAACAACCUGAAGGCGAAAUGGGAUUGUAUCACCAUGCAAGCUGAGGAACAGGUGAAAAUAGCAAAAGAACGUAAAAAAGGCGAUAAAAUAAUCGCAGACAGUCAAGAGCGUGCAUUCUGGCGCGUGUACCGGCCUCCGCCUGGUGUGUCGAGUUCUCUGGAACCUUGCCCGGUGCCCUCGAGGGACAGACAGGGCCGGACGAGGCGAAGAACCCUUGAUGAUGUACGAAAAGAGGUGGAGCUUUUGCGAUCGAGUUUGACUCGAACGAGGGUAAAGGUUUCUCAAGCCGUCGAAGGGUUGGUGCAAUAUGCGGAAACAUACGCGGAGUACGACCCUUUGAUUACACCUUCUCUGCCUUCCAACCCUUGGGUAUCCGAAGACACCACUUUUUGGCAAUUGAAUGGACCCAUUGUCGAACAACCAACUGAAAAACGUGUAAGACGUUGGGCCCAUUCCAUGGAGGAGUUGGUGUCAGACCCAACGGGUCUGCAAGAAUUUACAGCUUACCUAAGGAAAGAGUACAGCCACGAGAACAUCCGAUUCUGGACGGCGGCCAAUGAUCUGAGGCGAUCAGCCCACUCGCAAAUUCAGCGGAAAGUUAAAGAAAUUUAUGAGGAAUUUUUGGCACCUGGAGCUCCUUGCGAGAUCAACAUCGACGGCAAAACUAUGGAACGAGUCCAAAAGGAGCUUAAAGCUCCCACGAGGUUCGCUUUUGACGCGGCGGCAGAACACGUGUACGCGCUGCUCCUGAAAAAGGACUGUUAUCCCCGAUUUGUUCGCAGUGAACAUUAUAAACAAUUGCUGGCUGCUGGUGUUCAACCUAGUCAGAAAAAACGAUUCUUUGGUUUCGGUGGUGCUGCUCGAAAAAAGACAUCAACGACAACUCCUCCAAAUGCAGCACUCCUUCAACAAACCACUGGUACCACAUCUUUAGUACCUCAUACUGGUGUGGUUCCAACAAGCGCGCACGUACCUGGACCAGUCCAUCCUGCGCCGGUUGCUUCAGCAGCUACUGGGCCCGGUCAUUACCGAAGACGAGGAUCCGACAGGAGCCUGAGCGGAUCUGCCCACGAAUUGGCCGUUGGUCAAGGCAACAAAACAGGACUGGUACCCCAUAGUCACAGCCAAAGCAACCUUAGUGAUAUUCCAUAUAGUCGAGAACCAAUCGCCGGAGGCAGUUGCGAUGAUGCAGACCUGGACAGGAGAGGAAAUACUUGUGAUGUAUGUCCGUGGGAAACUGGGCCUGAACCACCUCCAAGCAGACGAACACCAAUGGCUUCCACUUCCGAAGAGCCCUCAGGUGCGGUGAGUCCUGCGUCUUCAGCAGGCAAAUCGCGCAAAAACUCGAAUACAGAUUCGUUUGCCGGGGGUGAUGAAAGUAAUGUGUCAGCUUCUAAUGCUGCAAUUAUUGGAGCUAAUUCUACUAGUGCAAUUGCUGCAGCAGCAGUCGGCGAGGUUGCGGAAAGAUUGCGUCGCACUUGCGGGAUUCGACAGAGUACUAUGGACUGUGAUAAUAGAUCAACAAGAAGACUUUCGAUAGCAGCUCAACCAGAGCACAGACGAGCAUCAGUAACUUUGCCAAGUACUACGACGAGCGGUUUGGCUAGUUCUUCCCUGUUUUUAUCCGCGGAUCAUGCUCUUGCCUUACCCUUAAUCAUCCCACAAUCGCGAUCUGGGGAAAUUACAAGUGCAGUAGUUGCAACCCCUAGAACUCCUAGAACACCUGCGAUUAGUGUUAGUGAAUCACUGCAUGGACAACGAGAGGACACUUUGCAAGAACAACCUGAGGAACAACAAGAAAAAGAUGAUACUGCUGGAAGUGAAGUACUAGCGGAUAGCCAGUUAUUGUUAUCGGAACCUGCAUCAUCCAGUGAAGGCACUCCGUUACCGACGCCAAUUCCUCCUAACAUUGCUGGACAAACAGCGAUUGCGCCGCUUGCAGAAGUUGAAACAGUUGAUCCCACUGCCGAAGAAGAUUUUGCACUUGUUGAACCUCAACCUAGGUCUACGCAGAACGUACAAAUGAAGCUGCCUCAUCAAUUGUCCGAAUCGUCCAAAAAGAGCGAAGAAAAUGUGACUCGUACCUCUGAGGAAUCUGUGUCAGGAGAAAUAACUGAUGAAUCAAAAUCGACUCCAAUUAAUGACACAGAAGAUGGCAAAACUAGUGAUAAAUCAGAAACUAAAGUUGGUGAUAAAAAUGAUUCAAAAACAGAAGGACCAACCGAAGAAUCGGAUCAGGCCGCUGGAACCAGCGCAGAGGAUGAACAGAGGCGAGAAGUUUGCCCAUGGGAAGACGAAGAAACGUGUUUAGUGGACACUACGCCGUUCGUGAAAACUUAUGCCACGCUCGGUUAUCUGUGAAAAUUGUGUUUUGGUUUACGUACUGUAUUUCAAAAUACUUCAACGCAUUUAAGCGUUAUGUACUAAUCCUAUAAUGACUAAACUAAAAAUUCAAAAUGAUAUUGAGAUCUAUGAUUCUUCAUAAAGUAAUUGAGAAAAAUAACGCCCUUACCACUUCUACCAAAAAUUUAUAAAAAUUUACAUAAUGAGGAUAUUCAAAAUUUUAUAAAAGUCUUGAUU